AUGAGCAAGAAAUCGUCCACAUCUGAUCCACCAACGAAAAAAAUCAGUGUUUCGAGUUUGAUGGGCACCGAUACACCACCACGAAAGAAGAGCAGCAUCAAGGAGAACAUCUCGAAUCUGAUAAAAGCACCGAAUUUUGUUUUAAAACGAGAAGCAGCAAAGAAACGUUGGAAUCAAGUCUGCGAAAAUCUACAUCUGGGACGCAUUAAAAUCGCUGUCACUGAGUCCAAGCUAUUUUCGCCAGGUGAACGACGGCGGCGAUCAGCAGAAAAUGGCACCAAUCAAAAUGUACCGGGAACAACAUCGCCACGGUUAAGCCCAAAUGAAUGGCAGUUCGCUUUCGAUCAUGUCAUCUAUGAUGCUGAUGGACGUGCACAAUUCACGAAAUUUUUGCAAUCCGAGUAUUCCGAGGAGAAUAUACUUUUUUGGUGGGCAGUUGAAGAGCUGAAAACUGUCUGCUCAUCUGAAUCUCGACCAGAAUUCGAGCGUACCGUACUGGAAAUGUUCGAAACGUUCAUCGCUUCGGAAAGUCCACUGGCUAUCAAUAUCGAUCACGACACCAGAACUGAUAUUAUUGAUCGGGUUGAAAAUCAGGAUCCUUCAUCGUUCCCAGACAACAUUUACGAAAGAGCACAGGCUCAUGUUUAUCGACUCAUGGAAAAGGAUUGCUUUUCUCGAUUCGUCCAUACACCAGCAUAUAAAGAAGUCGCAAAAAAGAUCGGUCUACCGCAAACAUUUCGAUUCAACGAAAAAAUCACACCCGCCUGUUGA